ACAGCGACCAAAGAGUAAAUAAUAGUGAAAACCUGCUCGCAGUGGCAUUUUUAUUAGUUUAGUUACUUCGUACCAUCCAUUGUCGAAAGGUUCUGGGUACUGGUCGCAGUCAGUGAAAUAAAUUCUUAAACAGCUCCUGCAGUGGUACCACAAACAGCCUGAAAGCGAGAUGCCGAACUGCCCAAAGUGCGAGAAACCGGUAUACUUUGCCGAACGCAAAACAUCCCUGGGCAAAGACUGGCACUCAGGAUGUCUGCGAUGUGAAAAGUGCAACAAAACUCUCACCCCAGGCAAUCAUGCCGAAAGAGAAGGAAAGCCUUACUGCCACAAUCCCUGCUACUCUGCCUUAUUCGGCCCUGGUGGCUUUGGAAGGGGCGGAGCUCAAAGCUACGUCUACAAGAAGUAGGCGCACGUUCCAUAAGUCUGGAAGGAUUCAUUAGGAUUAGAUACUGAAAACUGUUCAAUGUUCUUUCACUGGCGAAGCAUAACAUUUUUUUUAAAUUGCCCAUCUUUAUAACCGGAAAUUUGAUAUCUCCCUUAUUUAAAGUUGCAUAAGUAUUAACACAUAGCAAUUUUCAUGUGAUCGAUUACACUAAAGGUAUUACCGCUAAUUAAACGAUAAGAAGAUA